CGCAACACCUGCUUGACCCUGCUCGACGAUCGAAGUGAGAAAAGCUUCGUAACUCCCACGGGAGGUUACAUCGAGAGAAUGUCAGAAAAAUCCAUAAUCAUUAAUGCGAAGGAAGUGAAGCGCAUGUGGUUACCCGAUACUUACAUUGGAAAUUCCAAAGUGGUGGAAACUCCAGCCAAGGAUUCAUCGACCAGCUUUAUCAUUGUCAAGAGCGUUGGACAACAGUGCUUUGUCGAAUAUACUCUCAGAUUAGCCGCUAUUUUGUCUUGUCAAAUGGAUUUCAAGCAUUACCCAGUAGAUGUUCAAGUAUGUCCUUUUAAUUUAAGAAGCUUUUCUUAUCCAAAAGAAAUGGUUGUGUACCUUUGGGAUCAGGAUGGACCUCCACCUGUUAAUCCUGAAAUGAGAAUGCUGAGACAUCGUGUUGCAAUAAGUAAAGGAAAAUCAGAGAUACAUAUGCUUAAUAAAUUACGUGCGAACCUCUUGUAUUAUCAUCCCAAAAUAUUUAGCAUAAUAGUGACUUAUUCGACGUUAUACGUGAAUCUGACAUUUGAACGUGACUUGGCCCAUCACUUGAUCCAAGUUUUCACACCGAGUGCUCUCAUCGUCAUGUUGUCCUGGUUAUCAUUUUGGCUUGGUUCGGAUGCCACAGCGGGAAGAAUUACUCUUUGUGUAACAAGUCUCCUGGCUCUCAUUACACAGUUUUCAAGUAUUAGAAGGGAUUUGCCUCCUCUCUCGUACAUUCAUAGAGUAGAUAUUUGGAUGGUAACCUGCAUGUGUUUUGUAUUUGCAAGUCUGUUGGAAUUCACGAUUCUUAUUUACAUCGAUAAACAGCAAGAAAGAAAAGAAUCCAAAAGGAAUACUGAAGCUUUGUCUUUAGAAUCAAAUAACCACGUUAGAUUUUCGAGUUUGAAAUUAGUCCCACCAAAUCAACUUCAAACCUCAUGGCAGGAACUAUCUGUGAGGAAACGCAGUUUUUAUGGUUCGCCUGAUUUUCCUGCUUCUCCAGUGCAACCUAUUCAUACAUGCAGAGACUGGGCUCACACCAUUGAUAAAUCUUCACGAUUUUUGUUCCCACUGGCCUUUUUAUUGUUUAAUACUUUUUACUGGCCAAUACUUCUAAGCCGAUGAAUUUUUACUUCUAACCAUUUUUUUUUAUCCUUUCCCAUAUGCAUCUGAUAAAAAAAAUGCAAGGAGAAGGAUUCACUUGGUUUUCAA